AUGGGCACUUUGCGGGAUUUACAGUACGCGCUGCAGGAGAAGAUCGAGGAGCUGCGGCAGCGGGAUGCGCUCAUCGACGAGCUGGAGCUGGAGUUGGACCAGAAGGACGAACUGAUCCAGAAGCUGCAGAACGAGCUGGACAAGUACCGCUCCGUGAUCCGGCCCGCCACCCAGCAGGCGCAGCAGCAGAGCGCCGGCACCUUGCAGGGGGAGCAGAGGACCAAGCGGCAGGCGAUCUCGGCCGAGCCCACCGCCUUUGACAUCCAGGAUCUCAGCCACGUCACCCUCCCCUUCUACCCCAAGAGCCCACAGUCCAAGGAGCUAAUAAAGGAGGCGAUCCUUGACAAUGACUUCAUGAAGAAUCUGGAACUGUCUCAGAUCCAAGAGAUUGUGGAUUGUAUGUAUCCCGUGGAGUAUGGCAAAGACAGCUGCAUCAUCAAGGAAGGAGAUGUGGGUUCCCUGGUGUAUGUCAUGGAAGAUGGGAAGGUUGAAGUGACAAAAGAAGGUGUGAAGCUGUGCACCAUGGGACCUGGCAAAGUAUUUGGGGAGUUAGCCAUCCUCUACAAUUGCACCCGAACAGCAACUGUCAAAACUCUCGUAAAUGUGAAACUUUGGGCUAUUGAUCGGCAAUGUUUUCAAACAAUAAUGAUGAGGACAGGCCUCAUCAAGCAUACUGAGUAUAUGGAAUUUUUAAAAAGUGUUCCCACAUUCCAGAGCCUUCCUGAGGAGAUACUUAGUAAGCUUGCAGAUGUCCUUGAAGAGACACACUAUGAAAGCGGAGAGUAUAUUAUACGACAAGGUGCUCGAGGGGACACUUUCUUUAUAAUCAGCAAAGGAAAGGUGAAUGUUACUCGUGAAGACUCCCCCAGUGAAGAUCCGGUCUUUCUCCGUACUCUAGGGAAGGGAGAUUGGUUUGGAGAAAAAGCCCUUCAAGGGGAGGAUGUCAGAACAGCCAACGUCAUUGCGGCUGAAGCGGUAACUUGUCUGGUGAUAGACAGAGACUCCUUCAAACAUCUGAUUGGCGGCCUAGAUGACGUUUCCAAUAAAGCCUAUGAAGAUGCAGAAGCAAAAGCAAAAUACGAAGCCGAAGCUGCCUUCUUCGCCAACCUGAAACUGUCUGAUUUCAACAUCAUUGACACCCUUGGAGUCGGAGGGUUUGGACGAGUUGAGCUGGUCCAGUUGAAAAGCGAAGAAUCGAAAACGUUUGCCAUGAAAAUACUGAAGAAACGUCACAUCGUGGACACGAGGCAGCAGGAGCACAUCCGCUCGGAGAAGCAGAUCAUGCAGAGCGCGCACUCGGACUUCAUCGUGAGGCUCUACAGGACAUUCAAGGACAGCAAGUACCUGUACAUGCUGAUGGAAGCCUGUCUAGGUGGAGAGCUCUGGACAAUUCUCAGGGACAGAGGUUCGUUUGAGGAUUCGACGACCAGGUUUUACACGGCAUGCGUGGUCGAAGCUUUUGCCUAUUUGCAUUCCAAAGGGAUCAUUUAUAGGGACCUCAAGCCAGAAAACCUCAUUCUGGAUCAUCGAGGUUAUGCCAAACUGGUCGAUUUUGGCUUUGCAAAGAAAAUAGGAUUUGGAAAGAAAACAUGGACUUUUUGUGGAACUCCGGAGUACGUAGCCCCCGAGAUCAUCCUGAACAAAGGUCACGACAUUUCGGCAGACUACUGGUCACUGGGAAUCUUAAUGUAUGAACUCCUGACUGGCAGUCCCCCUUUCUCAGGCCCAGACCCCAUGAAGACCUAUAACAUCAUAUUAAGGGGAAUAGACAUGAUUGAAUUUCCAAAGAAGAUUGCCAAAAAUGCUGCUAAUUUAAUUAAAAAACUAUGCAGGGACAAUCCAUCAGAAAGAUUAGGGAACUUGAAAAAUGGAGUGAAAGAUAUCCAAAAGCACAAAUGGUUUGAAGGCUUUAACUGGGAAGGGUUACGAAAAGGGACACUGACACCUCCUAUCAUACCAAGUGUUGCAUCUCCAACAGACACAAGCAAUUUUGACAGCUUCCCGGAGGACAGUGAUGAACCGCCCCCUGACGACAACUCAGGAUGGGACAUAGAUUUUUAAUGUAUUUCUCUUACCUGCUUCUGCCUUGCUGAAGACAGCUUCCUGGGACAUGGCUGCCAGCGAAACCGAAAGAAUUGGGGAGGAUUAGUGCUCGGGGUCACCAUGAUGCCUUGAUUGAUGCUGCUACAGUAACUACAGUGGCAUUAGGACUUAUUGCUUAGAUGACAAUAGUGCUCUUCAUGUUUUAUGUUCGAACUUAAAAUAGCAGUUGACAUGGUGGUCCUGACGCAAAGCCUUUCACCAGUAAAGAAAUAUGUUUUCUAUCACUGCGACGAUCUUGCUACGCUCUUAAUUAUAAAAGUCGAGAGAUACGUAGUGUAAGACGCACUUAAUUCUAGCUGCAAGGUACUGGCUUUAUCAGUAGGAUCAAUAGUAAUUUAUUAAGUGCUGUAGCUAAAUACAGUGCAGGAUUUGGGCUACUCCCACCCUCCGAACUCCGUAGGUCUUCUACUGUAGGCCAGUGUAGGAGCAAAGGAGGACCACAACGGUACUGGUCAAAGAGUUCAUGUCAAAGCAGUGGUAAAAUUUGUCCUUUUUCUUUCCGAGCAGUAUUCAUGACAAGACUGAAUGUUACCUUUCCUCUUUAUUUUUGAGAAUUUUUUUUUUUAGCCUGGUGAAACAAAAGCACAACUGCUCUAGAUGCUGUUAAGGCAGAUAUGGGUCGCUUCUCUCGUACAGCUGAGAACAUACUGUAACACGACGUUUGGGGUUGUUUUUCCUUUCCCUUGGUACAAAUACAUAACUGCAUGAAAAAAAAUCAUAAAAUUAAUCCAUUUUACAUAUAAAAUAGUGCUUAAAUAAUGGUCCUGUAAUAAAGCGACAGCAGCCCACUGGUCUUAUUGAUUAGCUAUUAGGCAUAAAACUAAGCUUAACUUUUACCUUUUUAGAACCCAAAGGGAAAACCUAAGACCCGUAAUGUACUUUAUAGGUGCUAUGUACAUCCCUCGUCUGUGAAUAUACCUAUUCAGUCAACCACCAUUUCAGAAAUAUGUAGCAAGAGGCAUCGUUCUCCAUCACGCUCUUAGAUGAUUUUACGUCUCCGUGUCUGCAUCUUUUCUGCAUAUAGUACGAAGCUAAUUAAAAUAAAAGGUGGUACUGGGCCAGUUUGCUGGCUCUGUUGGUAAUAUUGCCCAUAAAAAUGUAAUCCUCAUGCCUCACCAGAGUAAGGAGCUCCACAGGAAAGUCAGUGGAAUUAAAUGGAAAACCGACACUGGAUGUGUUCGUGCGAGGCCUCCGUGUCUCCGGUGUACCGGGUCCCCAGUGACUGUGUUUAAGGCACGGGGCUGGCUAGAGCCGAGUCGGCUCGUAUGGAAAAAAGAGCUGGGGAAAACAAUAUUAUCGUGUGUACGCCUUUCACUUCCACUGCUUUUCCUUUGCUUGAGUACAGUCUCUUCUGAUUUAUAGGACGUAACAGAGGAAUCCUGUCCUGGAUGCCUGUUUGUUGCGUAUACAUGGGACUAAAAGUUUAUCCCAUCGUACCAACAAGAAACAUCAGCUUUCAGUCUCUGUAACAGACCCCAGCAAAUUAGCAGAUGCUGCCCCGUUUCAUCUCAGAGCUGCCAAGAGCUGUUGUGUACGCUGGAAGUCGAAAGAUCAACUUUUGCUGAAAAGUCAUUCAUGUGACUUUUGCCUACCUAGUACGCAGAAAAUGUAUGUUUUAACAGUAAAAAAUUAUUUCCCCGAUGCUAAAUCCCAGCUCUUUCCCAUGUUCCUAAUGAAAGCGACUUAAUAGAGCGUAUUAAAAAGGUAUUUUCUCCCGUUCUUUGACAGCAUUGACAAUGUCUGCUGUUCGCCAGCAAACUAAAGAGCUCGGUCAUCGCGACGCCUUUGAAACCAGUCGGUGUCGCUGAAUUUCCUUCUUGAUUUUCCAAAGGGUGAGGCAACACCGUCGGCACAGUAACUUCAGGUUAUUUCCGCUAUUCAUUAAUCACUAAAACCUUGUUUGCCUUCAAAACCAUAGGGAAAAGACAGUAACUACGUCUCCCGGGAAUUACUCGUAGAGGGCAAAUACACGCUCGCUUUUCAGCCUUUAUCUGAGGGAUGGCAGCGGCUGAAAGCCGAUGCUGAGUACUAGGGCUAAAAUAAUCCCUAGGCAUCGUAGCAAACCGGCUGCUGCCUAAAAGCCGAAUUCUUUACUCGCAUCCGCCUGGUUUUUCACUCGACGACACGGCGACAUCGGAGGAGAAAACUUGUUGCGGUUGGUAACUUCCUACAGAAGAACAUAGAGAGGAGUUUGUCCCAAAAUGAUGACAUUUAGUAGCUGAGAUGCAGCUGUCAGUCAAGGGGUUGCCGGGAGGAAAGACUAUCACGACGAUUUGGGGGGCAACCCAAAAAUGUUACGGGAAGAAGGUUUUAAAAUGGGCUGAUGAGUUGUUUUUCUUCCUUCCUAUCCCUUUUUCCUUGUGCCAAGCACGGCAAUUAAUACCUGCGGCGUGCGGCACGCGCUGUACCUAAUGUAAGUUUAUUUUGCUAUCGGACACCUCCCUCGACUUUCAUCACCUUUCCUAGGCAUACUUUAAACAACGUACUUAGCAUAUGUAUAUGAUAAACGCCUUCAUUUAUAAGUAAUAUAUUUGAGUUGCAUUAGAGAGAGAGAGAUAUAUUCACAACAACGGAUCGCCUCUGUGUUUCCACUUACUGUCCUUUCUUCUUUGUCUCCUUUUUUAAUAUAUGGGACGACGGCGUAUUUACGUAAGGGGAUGUCGGCUCCCGUAUUUAAACCGAGUGUAUUAAGAUGGGUGUCGUUAAGACACAGACGAUCCGUAGCUUCUCACAGCGCUGCAUUACCCAUAGCAAACUCUUAUUUAACAACAGGACCACGAGCGAAUAUUUAUGUAAAUAGGUAUUUUCGUGUUGAUAUUUUGUGGUACACAUAAUAACUUUUUCUUUUAGAGUUCCAUGGCAUUAUUACUUCAUUUCCUUAUUUGUAAUGUAAUGUUUUUAGCUCAAGGUAGACUUGAAUUAAUGUCAUAAUUGUCAGUAUUAUUAAACUUUAUGUCAGCUGUACUGUUAACUCAUCUGUCCCAUAGUUUUAGAACAUGACUAGCUAUCUGGCAUUGUUGCAAGUGCCUUAAAUCCAUGGCAUCCUAUAAAAACAAAAAAUUACAAAUUUGGUGUUAUGCUGCAUGACAAAGACAAACACACCUCAAAAUGUCGUCCUUUCUUAGCUUGCUGCGUUUUACAGUUCUUUCUGCUACCGAUUUCUAAGCCUUUGUUAUAUAAUAUUGAUGAAUUACAGAAAUGAUGAAGUCGUUCUCUUAUUUCUGUUCAAUGUACCAGAGCUGUGUAUCUGUUAAUGAGAUACAGAGUCAUUUCUGUGAAAUGUAUAAAUGUUAUGUGCGGGUCAAAUUAAUAUAUGACAUCCUAUCAGUCCGUAGACAGGUAUUCCUGUUUUGCUAAGCUGUGCAGAUUCAACCCAUCGUGCCGUCCAGCGCCAACCUCCCGUCUCACACAAACCCCUUUAGAAAUCUCC